GAUUAUUGGCCCGUUUCAACGCACAUUUUAAAUAACCAAUCUAAAUCGAUAACCAAGGCUUUAAUCAAUUAUAAGCCAAAUUAGACGUUUGCUUAAUUCAUAACUACUAUAAGCGGCGCAUACUGAAGUCAAGACUGCAGCAAGAAAUCUUCUGCAACAAUGGGCGUCAAAGAAGCCAUAGAAGAUAAAAUAAAGAGCAAGAAGGUGAUGGUAAUAGCAAAGAGUACGUGUGGCUAUAGCAUAAUGGCCAAAAAUGUGUUUGCGGACUAUAUAAAAUCCGGAGGUCUGGAUAAAAAGGAUUACGGUUUCUGGGAUAUAGAUGGCGAGAAAAACUGUCAAGCAAUUCAGGAUGAACUUGAAAAUAUGACUGGAGCAAGAUCAGUACCACGUGUUUUUAUAAAUGGAAAGUUUUUCGGCGGCGGAACGGAGGUGAAGAAUGCAGCAGCCACGGGAAAGCUGAAGGAGCUUCUCUGAGUUUAUACAAAAUUGUUGAAACUUUAGAAAUUUUGUGUGUAUAUAAUACUUUAAAUUCAUGCCUACAAACUUAUCCAUAAGACAUUCAUGACUGACUUUUGUUCAUUAUGUUAUAAGAGUGCCAUAGUCUUAAUUACAGUCGUAUAUCUCCUCGAUCAUUUCCGUAAAACUUCGGAUAAGGACUUGAGGGAAUC